CCUGUUAUAAAGCUGGGGGCCCCCGGGGUUCCGCUGUCCGUGUGUGGAGCCCGCGAGUGCCCUCCGCCGCCACCAUGCCCACGCACCGCCUCGUGAUGGUCCGGCACGGCGAGAGCACCUGGAACCAGGAGAACCGCUUCUGCGGCUGGUUCGACGCCGAGCUGAGCGAGAAGGGGGCUGAGGAGGCCCGGAAGGGGGCCCAGGCCAUCAAGGACGUGAAGAUGGAGUUCGACAUCUGCUACACGUCGGUGCUGAAGAGGGCCAUACACACGCUCUGGACCAUCCUGGACACGACGGACCAGAUGUGGCUGCCUGUGGUGCGCACCUGGCGCCUCAACGAGCGGCACUACGGCGGCCUCACCGGCCUCAACAAGGCGGAGACGGCCGCCAAGCACGGCGAGGAGCAGGUCAAGAUCUGGAGGCGCUCCUUCGACAUCCCUCCGCCCCCCAUGGAUGAGAAGCACCCCUACUACAACUGCAUCAGCAAGGUGAGCGGCUGGGGGGCGGGGGUGGAGGGGAGGUCUGGGGACGGGGGCCCAGGCUGGGGGGCGGGGCUCCGUCUGGGGCGAGAACAGCAGCAUGGAUGCCCCCAGGAGCGUCGCUAUGCAGGCCUGAAGCCGGGGGAGCUGCCCACGCGUGAGAGCCUCAAGGACACCAUCGCCCGGGCCCUGCCCUUCUGGAAUGAUGAGAUCGUCCCCCAGAUCAAGGCUGGCAAGAGAGUGCUCAUUGCAGCCCACGGGAACAGCCUGCGGGGCAUCGUCAAGCACCUGGAAGGGAUGUCGGACCAGGCCAUCAUGGAGCUGAACCUGCCCACGGGGAUCCCCAUCGUGUACGAGCUGGACCAGGCGCUGAAGCCCACCAAGCCCAUGCGCUUCCUGGGUGACGAGGAGACUGUGCGCAAGGCCAUGGAAGCUGUGGCUGCCCAGGGCAAGGCCAAGUGAGGGGCGGGCUCUGGCAAUAAAGGCACGUCCUCUCA